AUGCUCUUCGCAUACGCUGUUACUGCCCUGGCCUCGGCGGCCGGCGUCUGGGCGCGCGCCGUCCCGAAUCCUAUAGAGGUCAUGAAGCGCACGCAUGUUGCUGGCAGUGUCAUUACGAAGUGCUCCAAGUCCGGCGUGUUGGCGCUCGCGUACGAUGAUGGGCCGUACCAGUAUACCUCGUCUCUUGUCGAUACGCUGAAUACCGCUGGCGUCAAGGGGACUUUCUUCUUCACUGGUACACUGUAUGGAUGCAUCUAUAAUCAGCGAGCUGCUGUUAAGAAGGCGUACGAUAAUGGGCAUCAGGUUGCUAGUCACACGUGGACACACCCACAUAUGGGCUCUAUGAGCGCCGGCGCAAUCCAGAGCGAGAUGGAGAAGGUCGAGCAGGCCUUCGUGAACAUCUUCGGCCGCAAGCCAGCUUACGUGCGCCCGCCGUACCUCGAGACCGGCGGCCAGUUCCUCAAUGUCAUGAGGCAGAUGAACUACACCGUCAUCAACGACGACAUCGACACAGGAGACUGGAACAACCAGUCCCCCAGCUCGAGUGAGGCCAUGUUCACGCGCGCUGGGGCCGGCGGCCAGGGUCACAUCCCGUUGAUGCACGAGACGUAUCAGUCUACUGUCACGACGCUUACGAAUUGGCUUAUCAACUGGGCUAAGACAAACAAUCUGAAGAUUGUCACAGUUGCUGAGUGUCUUGAUGAUGCUGGCGGCAUGUAUAAACAGGGCACUUUUACUGGCAACGGAGCUUCGAGCUGUUAG